UCAAGGCGAUUUUUCUAGAGCCAUGGUGUUCUAUGAAACACUCAUAUUGAUUCAUGCAAAGUUUCCACCCAAUGAGACGAAACUAUUGAUGAGGGAGACGGCCAGAGUCAUCGUUGAGCGCGACGGUGCUCUCUUCAGGAUCUUAGAUUUGGGCUGGCGGCACACUGCCAAACCCCUUUGGAAAAAAGAAGUAGGUCACAUCUUCUACGGGCGGUGGUACUCUUUGAUUUGGGGCGGAGGCCCAAAAGCGAAGCAAGAAGUGGAAGAGACGCUGGUACACAACACCGGCGUGGUCAGGCAGCUGACAAUUCCUAUCUCGCAAUUUGCCUCAGUUUGCUGCGUAAAGCACGGGAGUUAGAUGUUUGUGAUCUGCGUGUGGCUCUAUGCUUUUGCCAUCUUUUGCCAUCAUGAUGCUGAGAAAAUGCCCGAAAUGCCAAGGCGUCCGCACAAGUUCUAUUCAAACCGUUUGCCCGGCGUGUUUGAAACUGACGUGAUGGUUAUUGUAUGUGCUUGGGUGUGGCAAUCUUUGAGCCAAACAUGAUGAUCGUUUUCCUUUCCAUUUUGUGACCUGACAUGCACAAGAUGUUCGAUGCUGCUCCUUGUUAAGAGUCAUACCAAAGGAUUGAUCUAAAGGCGAACGAUGUAGAUCUGUUGAUCCAUGUGGAAGACAUGGGCAGCGAUCCAGGCAGCACCUACUACCCAUUGAUAAAGCCGUUGACACCUCCACUGACUCACCAUGUUCCAAUGCAGCAAGUAGAAUAACUGACGAUAAAAAAUGAUGAUAUUCAAGAUGAUGGGACGGCAAAAA